GCCAAGUUUUUCAUCAAUGCCCUGGCAGAGCCAGCGGAGGAGGUCGCUCAAUUCCUCGUGCCACGAGUGAGAGAGGUGCCUGCUAGCGGAGCCAGCACCUCCACCUACAUCAAGUUUCUCACCAAGCCUAAAGCCUUCUCGCAAAUAUUCCAG